GAGUCAGAGUCCGACAAUUCUGACAGUUCUACUACAAUGCCCUCAGGAUACUCACCCUCACGCAAAGACAAAACCAAACGGCGGAGCCGCAAACGGCGCCCUGCUCAUGGCUUCAAACAACAGACACGCACGUACCUGAAGUGGCUAGCUGAUAUGAAUAUGUCCUUGAUAAGAUAUCUCAGACAAUCAGAAGAGGACAGAAAGCGUGGAGAAGAAAAAUUAGACCGCGUUCUUGCGGCUCUUUAUGAUAAGACUGCCUCCGCAUCGGCACCUGUCGACGUGCCUUUUCUUACCCUUCUGUCAACAAUUAGCAAACUGGACGCCUUUAACAAGGCAUUAUCAAGGAAACAGUAUCGCCAACGAAUCGUAAGUUACCCAACAAUCUAA